AUAUGAUGGAUAAGCUCUUCCUUCUUCCCCUUAUUGGUUUGUUAUUAGUAACUGCUUAUGGAGCUGCAACGAAAAUGGUGUACACUGAUCUUGACAUCCUUGAGAAGCUUGAGAACUUUGACAUACCAGAAGAUGAUGUUGCUGAUGAUUAUGAUCCAAAGGUCUUUGAUUUGCCGUCAUUCAGUUCCAGUAAGAAUAUGGUAAAUGUGGAUACAUUCGGUGCAGCUGGAGAUGGAGUUUCUGAUGAUACUCAGGCAUUCGUGAGCGCAUGGAACAAGGCCUGUGGGACCCCAAAAUCUGUGUUGCUUGUACCACAAGGGAAGAGUUAUUUAGUAAAUGCAACGAAGUUCAAUGGUCCAUGUGAACAAAAAUUGGUCAUUCAGAUUGAUGGAACAAUAGUGGCACCAGACGAGCCUAGCAACUGGGACCCAAAGCUCCAAAGAACUUGGCUCGAGUUUUCGAAACUGGAAGGUGUUGUGUUCCAAGGGAAUGGGGUUAUAGAUGGUUCUGGCAGCAAAUGGUGGGCUGCUUCUUGCAAGAAAAACAAGUCUAAUCCUUGCAAAAGUGCACCAACGGCACUAACUAUAGAAUCUAGUUCAGGUGUGAAAGUGAGUGGCUUGACGAUCCAGAACAGCCAGCAGAUGAAUUUCAUCAUUGCAAGGUCAAACUCAGUUCGAGUCUCCAAGGUUAUGGUCUCCUCUCCAGGAGAUAGUCCCAACACUGAUGGUAUCCACAUCACUGGAUCCACCAACGUUGUCCUUCAAGACUGUAAAAUCGGCACAGGGGAUGAUUGUGUCUCAAUUGUGAAUGCGAGCUCUAAUAUAAAGAUGAAGAGGAUCUAUUGUGGACCUGGACAUGGAAUCAGCAUUGGUAGUCUUGGGAAUAAUAACUCAACAGGCAUUGUGACAAAAGUUGUGUUGGACACUGCGUUCUUGAAAGAGACAACUAAUGGGCUCAGAAUCAAAACAUAUCAGGGGGGUUCAGGUUACGUUCAAGAUGUUCGAUUCACAAACGUGGAGAUGCAAGAUGUCUCUAACCCAAUACUCAUCGAUCAGUUCUACUGCGAUAAUCCAACUUCCUGUCAAAACCAGACAUCAGCAGUUAAAAUCAGCCAGAUAAUGUACCGGAACAUAACCGGGACAACAAAAAGUGAGAAAGCCAUCAAAUUUGCGUGCAGCGACACAGUCCCAUGCAGCCACAUUGUCCUCAACAAUGUGAAUCUUGAAGGCAAAGACGGUCAAGUCGAAGCCUACUGUAACUCGGCUGAAGGUUUUGGGUAUGGAGUGAUUCAUCCGUCUGCGGAUUGUCUCUACUCGCACGACGACAAGGGGUUCGACCAGAGUCACACGUCAGGACCUGUUUUGGUAACUCAGGAAGCUGAGAUUGGCCACGACGAGCUCUGAUGGUGGUGUUCUAUGUGUUGUAGUGAGGGAUGCAGUAAUGUGUUAUACAGUUUUCUGAAGCAUAUGAUACAGUAAACAAAGUUUAUUUCGUAUAGUCAACCAUAAGAUUGUUCUUAAUAGUAUUGUUCACCUUUUGGAUCAUACAAUAAUAGCACGACUUUUUUCAACAUUAA